AUGACUCUCUUUGCUGCAGUCAACCCUAUAAGUGCAUAUGUUCUAACGAUAGCAGACUGGACGUUGUCCGUGUACGGUGACACCAGUCCUAGUUCUGUGAUAGAGAGCCUUUUCAAAGCUUUGUUCAAAGCUAACACAGACGUGGUAGCUGGAAUGCCUGUUGCGGCUGUGAUAGAUUGGCACAAGACCGAGUCGAUUUCAAAGCCGAGAAGUGCCCGUCUAACCAAUGAUAUCGACGCCCACGUCGACUAA